ACUUGUCGCUACCGUUUGCUGACUGUACCGACGAUUGUCUGACAAUAUUUCCUUAUAUUCCCGUUCGCGCGCGCUGAUUUCUCAAUUUCCCGGUGUGGUUCACUAAUAGCUAGCAACAAAUAAAACUAGUUGAUACGGUGAAUAAAAGUCUACGCUCGAUAUGGCGAAAACGGCCAGAUCUGAGCAAUGCGCUGUUCGUUCGACGAAUUCUAAAGAAAAAAUGGAGAAAGCAGCCUCUAAUUCUUUAAUAGUAUAUGUGUCUCAUAAAGCAUGGUUGAAAUCAGUAAUAGAAGGAAAUCAUGGUAGAGUAGAUAUAACUGUAAACUAUCGGAAUAAAGACGAAGAAGAAGAUUUUUCUACGUAUGAAUUUGAGGACGAUAUUCUUUAUUUAAGAUCUUUGGAUCCAAAGCAUUGGAAGGAACAAGAUCAUUAUGCUGUUCUUGGUAUUAAAAAUCUUAGACAUAGAGCCAAUGAGGAUGUUAUUAAAAGAGCAUAUAAACAUAAAAUCUUAAGACAUCAUCCAGAUAAAAGAAAAGCCAUGGGAGAAGAAAUUAGAUCCGAUGAUGAUUAUUUUACAUGUAUAACUAAGGCCUGGGAAACUCUUGGUAAUCCAGUUAAAAGAAGAAGUUACGAUAGCAUCGAUCCCUAUUUUAGUGAUAAUUUGCCAGACGAAAAGGAAGUUAAAGAAAAUUUUUAUGAAAUAUUGGGCAAAGCAUUUAAAGAAAAUUCUCGGUGGUCGAUAAAAUCACAUGUUCCACAAUUAGGUGGCCCAAAUACUCCAAGAGAGCAAGUUGAAAAGUUUUAUAUGUUUUGGUAUGACUUUGAAUCUUGGAGAGAGUAUUCUUAUCAAGAUGAAGAGGACAAAGAAAGCGGACAAGAUCGAGAGAUGCGCAAAUGGAUUGAAAAAAAGAACAAGCCAGUGCGUCUAAAGAAAAAGAAAGAGGAAAUGGUUAGAAUACGUAACCUUGUGGACAUGGCGUACAGUCUUGAUCCGCGGAUCAGGAUGUUCCAGCAGCAAGACAAGGACAGAAAACAAGCGGCAAAACGUGCUAAGCAGGAAGCUGCUAAGGCACGUCAACUCGAGGAGGAGCGACUUAUUCGGGAAGCUGCCGAGAAAGAGCGACUCGAGAAGGAGAAACGCGAAGCGGAGGAACGUGCCAAGGCUGAGGUACUCAAGCAAGAGCGAGAAGCUCAGAAGAAAGCUCUACGCCGAGAGCGAAAAAACUUUAGAGACUUAUGCAAAGAACAAAAUUAUUUUGCGGAGUCGUCUGAGGAGAGUAUUAGGCAUAUGGAAAACAUAGAGAAGAUGUGCGAAUUAUUUAAACUGGCUCAACUCGAGGAAUCCAUCAAAAAUCUGAGAUCCGAAGGUAAGACAGCCUUUAUGAGAAUAAUGGGCGAAGUCGAUCGGAGGAUCGAGACCGAACGCAGAGCUGCUUUCUUACAUUCGGACAUGAAGAGUUCAGAGAAUAAGCAGGUGAAGGGUCAUUUAAUGCCGUGGUCAGAGGGAGACCUCCAACUUCUAAUAAAGGCCGUGAACCUUUUUCCUGCGGGUACGAAUCAGCGCUGGGAAGUAGUGGCAAACUUUAUUAACCAACACAGCAACUCAUCGAGUUCAAUGAAGCGGGACGCUAAGGAAGUACUAGCCAAGGCCAAGGAUUUGCAGUCGACCGACUACAGUAAAUCUAGCCUCAAGGAACAAGCAAACAAAAAAGCGUAUGACAACUUCAUCGCAGAAAAGAAACACAAAGACGUAGAUGAAAGGAUGCCUGCCUUCACGGAAAGACUUGAGAAUCCACUCUCUAAUGGCAAGCCUCAUACUGACAAACUAAAGGAUAUCGAUGCAAGGGAUAAGAAAGAAGCCCCUCCACCAUCCGCACCUUGGACACCUGUUGAACAAAAGCUGCUUGAACAGGCACUUAAGACAUAUCCGGUUUCAGUUCCGGAUAGAUGGGUUCAAAUUUCUGCAUGUGUACCCUCCAGAACGAAAAAGGAAUGCAUGAAGAGAUAUAAGGAAUUAGUAGAAUUAGUGAAAGCCAAAAAAGCAGCCCAAGUACUGAAAUAAUAUUGGCUUCAAUGCAAAUGGGAAAUUAAAAACUUUAAGAGUGUUAUUGCUUGUCGCCGUUUGUUCCAACGAAGCUAUUUUUAUGCAAAUGAACUUAAAAAAUAAAAAUUGCAAUCCGACAUUUAUUUGAGCUCACACUCAAUUGUAACAUAAAUGACGUAUUGAUUGUAUAAGACGUUUUUAUAUUAAAAUAAGUUCGUUACUAGUGAUAAUGAGAUACUUUUAAGAAGAGUGUACAAAAAAACAAAAAUUAUUCGAAAACUUAAGUCGUUGUAGAUUAAAUUUUUGUGACAUCUUAUUAAAUGAUCUUGUAAUUAAUGUAAGAUAAGUAAAACAACAAAAAGUAAA